AAUUCCAUCUAAUCUUCUUUCCAUCUUCUCUGCCGCUGCCUUCUUUCUCCCAGUUCUCUCGCAACCUUCCUCCUCAUCCUCUCCCUUAGCCUCUGUUUUCUCUUCUCCACGGAGUGGAACUCAAAGCUCUGCAUCUCCAGGUUCCAGGUUCCAGGUUCCAGGUUCCAGAGAUUAUACAUGAAAAGAAGUGCGCAGAGCUUGUGAACCCGAACAAUUCCGAUUCCAGAGUUGCUUCUUCUCUGGAGGUGGAGAAACCCCAAACACAGAGCUUGUGAUCUUCCUUGUGAUUAUCGAUUUGGCAAAGGCAACAACAAAAAAAACACAAAGUAAAACAAACGUGGCAGCACAGCAUGACCCAACCCCGUGAGCAGAGCCAUCUGAAUAUCUGAUUGAGUCAGCGGCGACCCCGCUCCUCAUUCAGAGUGGCAGGGUUUAUCUUACAUUGCCGGUCCCAAGCCUGGAUAAAGGAGGAGGGGGAGGGCGUCAGGUAGUCUAUAGCCGGUACUCCUAGGUUACGUCGAAUCCUUAUGAUAAGGAAUCCAGAACGAAAUCCCCACUUAGUGGGAAAAGGCUUUGUUGCUGUUGUAUUUUGUUUGAAAGGCCUAAGGAAUCAUCAUGGACGGAGGCAGAAACAUAACAUAUUUAAUUUAAUGAAUGAUGAACUUUUUUACAGGCGUUCAUUGUGAAGGAAGAUCUGGUGCCUGUUUAAAUUCAAGAAGUCUGUCUAUUAGAGAAAAAGAGCGAUGGCCGAUUCCAAACCUGAAACUAGUACUGGCAUGAGAUGCCAUCAUUGUGCAGGUCCUCUUUCUAAGAAGAUGGAAACGAGCGAGUGGACUGUUGCACCUCUUAUUAGGGAUAGCUUUUCCAUGAUUGGGUCGGCUGUUGGUGGCACAGCAAGUGCUUUUUAUGGAUUCAACCAUGUGAUGCCUAUUGUUCGAAGAUGGGUAAAAGGACCUAUGUGGUUGCAUUUUUUUUUUGGUGCUCCGCCUGUGAUUGUAUUCUCUUCAGCUUGUGCAGGUUUGGCAGGGGGUGCCGUUCCAGCGUUGGCCCAACUUGCUUCUUCAUCUUAUCGUGCAGUGGUCUCACCGUCCUCGUUGCCUCCAACUUGUCAAGAUGAGAAGAUGCACAAGUCCAGAACUUCCUCGAUUCUGUAAUGCUGUAUAGUUUUACGAACGCAAAAGACAUGUGAGAGAAACAUCGAGGUUUGACCUGUGUAGUUGCCCACCAGAUGAAGGUUCUGUCGGCUUGAGGCUGACACAAGUUUUGGUUAUACAAAGUUGUGAUGCAAACUAUUGUUUGAUAAUUAUUUAUGCCGUCAAUAAAAUUGUCAGUUUCAUACUGAAUAACUUUUUAGUUUCCUCAAA